UCUCCUUUGUUUUGGCUUAUCGUCGAUAGUUAUUCCCCUUUCAAAAACUUUCAUCAGUCGAUCUUUGAAAAUCGGAAGAAGAGUCUGCCAGAAAGGAUUAUCCACACUAAAAGACAUGUCUGACGGAGAAUCUUGGAGUCGUGAAGUUCACGGAAAACUUAACGAUCUCUUGACUUCGUUUGAAAAACGCGAGAGUGAGCUGACGAGAUUGAGCGAGCAACUCGCAAGAGAUCGUGCUGAAUUUGAACAAGAAAUGAAGGCUAGGCGAGAAAGCGAGGAAAUGGCAAUUCAAGAGCAAUACAAAGAUCUUGACGAGACCAGGCAACGGAUUGAAAAAGAGAAGAAAAGUAUGGAAGAAGUGCAUGAAUUCCAAUCAUCACCUGUUCAUCUCAACAUAGGAGGGCAUCGUUUCACGACUUCCCUUCAGACUCUGAGGCGAGACAAAGACUCAAUGCUAGCUACCAUGUUUUCAGGGAGGCACAAACUUUUACAAGAACCAGAUGGAAGUUAUUUCGUGGACAGAGAUGGCACCCAUUUCAGGCACAUUUUAAAUUAUCUCCGUGAUGGGUUUAGACCUGAUUUGCUUCCACAGGAUGAAAUAUUACUGAGGGAAAUCAUAAACGAGGCGCACUAUUAUCAACUCAGUGAUCUAGUAGCUAGCGUGGAGAAUAUCUUGGAUCCGCCACCACCGGCGCCAGACUUCACCCAGGAUGAAAUUAAUGACAUGCUGGCGACCUUGACGAGACAGGCCUCCACAAGCGCUCGUCCUUCAUCACCAAGUCAGCAGAUGCCCAAACCAGAUGCAGCAGUAGGCUCCUCCAGAUUUAAAAAUGCAGACUUUGUCUCCCACAACAUGACCAAAAAUAAUAUAGAUUUCAGUGGUAAAAACCUUUCAGGUCUUUCCUUUGCACAUACAACAUUUGCACAUAACGUUUCAUUUGCAGAGGCUUGUCUGGUAAACACAAGUUUCUAUGGUUGUGAGUUUUCUAGUCAUGUAGUGGUUGAUUUCACGAAUGCUGACAUCUCAGGUGCAGAUUUCCGACAGUGUCGGUGUAUACAAAGUGGCCCAAAUGCAUUCAGUAGUCUUGGGGGUGUCCCAGCAGGUACUGGUGGUUUCAUGUUUGGCUCCAGCUGUUCAAGUUUCACGCAGCUGAUAAAGACAGGUCAUGUCAAGUUUACUGGUUCACGGCACAUUGGUACCAAAUUUGAUCCACACAUUUUUGAUUUCAUUAGUUUUUGAUGCAGAGGAGUUUUACUUUUAACUACCAUAUUUCCUUGAACAAGCACCCACCCUCUUGGUUAUAAUGUUAAGCAAGCACCCCUCUGGAAUAAAUACCCCCCUCCCCCUCCUUCCUCACUUUCUUAAUGGUUGGGAUACAAGCUAUUUCUAUCUCCUUGUGCUCACUGAGUUCCUGAGUUUGUCCUUUUGCUGUACAAACUAAAAAAGGGCCCCCCUUUGAUUAAGUGCCUGCCUUUUGAUGAGUGCCCCCCUCCCCUUUAGAGGAAAUAUGGUACUUUUCAUAUGAGGAAAUAUGGUCCUUUUUUUGUCUAUUUAAAUUAUUGGUUCAUGC